GUGCCUAAACGCCAUAUUGGAGAUCGGAGAAGUCACUGUCAUUUGAUGUUGACUUCCGUUCGAGUGUAAGCGUAAGGUCUCUUCGAUGUUUAAGUUGAUGAAUGGAUUCUUAAACCGAAUCUUCCACUCCAGUGUCUAACGAAGUGCUUGUCUGAUUGAUCAUGGAAGAGACCGAGAAUCUUGACUGGCUCAAGGAGCUCCUAGAAGAAACCCAACUGCAACAGUUCUUCAGCAGCAUCCACGAGAACCUCCACUUGUCACGUCUGGAGCAUUUUGAUUACGUCAAGAGUGAUGAUCUAGAAAAGAUUGGAAUGGGUCGUCCAGCCGUGCGGCGCCUGAUGGAUGCGGUCAAACGUCGACGAAGACGCACUUUCCUGGGAAGGGUGUUAAACCGCAAAGAAGGCAACACUCCAGCUGCCAAACUGAAAGUGACGACGAAGCCAUUGGCCCCAGAAUCUCAGACAGCCAGCAGUACUCUCAAGCAUAGCCUGACGUGUCUGAUUGGUGAAACAGAGCUCACACUGCACGAGAAACUGGGAGACGGGUCCUUCGGAGUGGUUCGUAGAGGCCUAUGGACCACACCAGGGCACAGACAGAUUGAUGUUGCCGUGAAGUGUCUGAGAAGCGACGCCGUGCGUCAAGCGGGUUUCUUUGAAGACUUUAUCAAGGAGAUCAACUCCAUGCAUUUGUUAGAUCACACCAACUUGAUUCGUCUGUACGGCGUCGUUAUCGGUACCCCGCUCAUGAUGGUGACUGAACUAGCUCCGCUUGGCGCACUAGUUGACCAGCUACGAAACAACCCAGACAAUUUCUUGAUCGCUAUGCUGUGCGAGUACACCAUUCAGAUCGCCAGCGGUAUGGAAUACUUGGAGUCAAAACACUUCCUGCACCGAGAUUUGGCUGCUAGGAAUAUCUUGCUGUGUUCAAAUGAUAAGAUUAAGAUCGGUGACUUUGGGCUGAUGAGGGCGUUGCCGGUAACUGAGACGUACUAUGUCAUGACGGAGCACAAGAAGGUUCCUUAUGCAUGGUGUGCGCCAGAGAGUUUAAAAACCAGACAUUUCUCACAUGCCAGUGAUGUUUGGAUGUUUGGCGUGACGCUGUGGGAGAUUUUUACCUUCGGUGAGGAGCCGUGGCUUGGCUACAAUGGAGCACAGAUUCUUCACAAGAUUGACAAAGAUGGCGAACGCCUGCCUAAGCCGGAGCGUAGCCCAUCGUCCAUCUAUGAACUCAUGGAGCAAUGCUGGCACCAAUCACCGACCAUCAGACCAAACUUCACAACGCUGAAACAAAGGCUCAUUCAGAUUCGUCCAACCGAUUUGAAAGCGCAGCAGCAAACAAAUGCUGAUCAGCCAGACAAGGUUCAGAUGGAAGUUGGAGAUGUUAUAACCGUCAUGGAUGGAAGACCGGAGAAUACUUGGUGGUGGGGUCAGAACAGGCGGACCAAGCAGCUCGGGUAUUUCCAACGGAGAUACGUGAUACCACUCUCUGGAUCCCUGAAACAAAAUGACAUCAGUCUGCCCUUGACAGACAGUAUGAUUCACACCGGCCAUGCUGGAGUAGACGGUGGGGAGACGUGGGGUCAUCCUGAUGUCAUCGACGAGGUGUACCGUAUCCCAAUGGAACCCAUCGAUCAGUUUGGCGAAGGCCCCGAAUUCAGCGAUUCCAAACCAGCACUUCUACUCUCAGACAGAUCAAAAAGCAGCAGCAGAGACAAAGACUCGUCAGCCAAACGGGACAAGGCUACCAGAUCAUCAAGUCGCAGCAUGCAGCUCCCCCAAGCAAAGCAGACCAAAAAUCAAGAAGGUGAAAUUAGGGCUGGUUCCUCCGUAUUCUAUGUCCGAGCCUCACCGGACGCCGACAGAACACAGAAAGAUACCGAGCUAUUAAUUGAUUUCUCAGAUGCUAGCAGCGGUAGCGCAGGUACCAGUCGCGGCGUCAUUGAGAGCAGUUCGCAAUCAUUGGCAUUGCUUGAUAUGUCCCUACCAAGUUUCGCGUCAGCCGGUGCGCUGCAGCAGAUACCAACACCGUUGAACCCGGUACCCACCAGCGAGCUCGCCUCAGGCGACUUAUUCAAAACAACAACUACCACAACAUCAAAACAAGAGUCUGUGUCUAAAUUCAACGAGGAAUACGGUAGACCUGUCAAAAAGACCAAUCCGUUUGAGAGUUACAGGUCACACGGGUCGGACCCGAGCAGUAGGCACAUUGGCCAGCACCUUUAUGAUGAUGUGGCCGUCGAUCCUGUCAGAGAAAUAACAAAAAGCAACUCUGACCAAGUUACAUCAAGUAGACCUUCCCUUGACAAAAGCAAACAGCAGAGGUUUAAACUCGCACAGACUGAUGUAACUUCCCAGGGUACCGGUGCCGCGGCGUCAUUUGGUAGGGGUCCGCAUCUGUAUGAUCCUGUGCCUGCUGAAAUAAGCCAAACCCCGGUUGUGAGUAAACCCGAAAACUGGGUCCAUUUUUAUGACGAAGUUCCCAAAGAAAACGAUGAGUGUAAAAGCAAAGCCGGGCAUGAAGUACCCCAAAUGAUCAGCCCCAUGAGCAGUGCCUUUCGGAAACCAGUCCAACCUGUGCAUCACUACUCUCCCGUUGCGGAAGAGGCGUCAAUCCCCGGAAAUGGCACCAAACAAUUUUCUGCCACUAUCACUUUUGAGAAAAAACUAUCAAAGCAAGAGAUUUCAUUGAGUCGUCAGGAUGACAGUAGUCAGUUUCAAACCGAUACUCAGAUCUCAAAGCUUUCUCAUCAAAAGGAUGUUACAAAUAGCUCAGAUAGAGCCCCACUUAUCCGCAACGAGCAUGGCGGAGUGAAAGACGACCCUAAACAAGGGAAACUAGUUGGAAAGGUUCUGAAAUCAGAGGAUCAUUUAAUGUUACUGAACUUCCCUUCAAAGGGAAAGCAAGACGAAGGUGAUUUUGAUAGCGACAUUGAAAAACCCGUCUUGCCACCGCGUGCGCCUGCCACAGGGCAACAGCUCGUCGGCAAAAGAGCAGGCCGUAAAUUAGAUCGAACCGAAAGAAAAUCGGAUCCCUUACUCUUAAACCUCAAAUCCAAGCAUGAAUGGGUAAGACAGAAAAGCCAGGAGGAGUCGCUAAGCUGCCCAAUCUUUUCGAGUGACAGUAAGCAGUCCAAAGAUUUCAAGCCGCCCCUCCCGCCCAGAAAACUGACCCCGGAUUUGUCAGAUCACGCCCGUCACUUUUCCGCACCGGGCGAAGAGGGCAAGUCCAAGAUCUACCCGAUCAUGAGAGACGGGGUCAAGUUGAGCCAUACUCACUAUUUCCUCUUGCCUCCCAAACCGUCUGGUAUUUUCCAACCCCCUGAUGACACAAGUAGCCCUCCGAGUUCCCCUUGUUCCAAUGAACCGCCGGUGUCCCCUUCCUUUGGCAUCCGAGCACCCACAACGGCCCACAUCCGCCCUAUCAUGCGCGACGGCAGACAGGCCAGCGACACGCAUUAUGUCGUAACUCCCGGGCGUAACACAGUCUUCACAGACUCCCUCGAGUCCUGUAACCCACCUCUCAGCGACCGAGAAUUCAAGAGAACUCAGUCACUUUCAAGACACCAACCAACUCCUAGAUCCGUCGCGAACAAGACAACCUUGUCGCAGAACGCGUUAGAUCUGUCAACUCUCAAUCCCAUCUUACCUCAAACAAGCUCCAAGACUGUCCAUUAUACUCGCACCGGCAAUACUCACCACGAGUACUCAAAUCGCCCGGAGUACUCAACGCGCCCCGACCACUUAAAGCGCCCGACGGAAGACUCCGAUUUAAUGGCCUCCGAGACGAAAUCGUCGGCUCUUGAGAAAAUCCGUCGCGUCCAGUCUGAAGUACAUGGCGUGACCAUGGAGGAGUGUCGUAACGCGCUCAUUGGCAACGCCUGGAGCGUAGACGCUACUAUCCACGAACUUAAAAUCGAGCAAUUAUUCCAGUUAGGGAACGUGACGCGCGAUCGUUGCGAGUCGUUGCUUUCGUCGCUGGACUGGAAUUUGCAAUUAGCCAGUUCGGUUUUAUUAGAUCAGUCGUAAAUGUAUCCUUCUACAUGCUUCCUAAUGCUUCUACAUGCUAAGUAAUUCAGUGAUAUUUGCUGUAGGACAAUCAAUAUUUAUUCCUAGAACUAUUUUUUUAAAAAGUCAACAUAAUAAAUGCUGGGGUUGUUAAACUGAAAGAGAGAUUUAACUUAAGUAUUUUCGCUUCAUGCAGUUUAAUCGUCAAGCUUGUGCUGUCUUUUAUACAAAGUCAUCUGUUUCUUAAAUUCUUCAGAUUGUCUAUUUAACAAACGUUUACUGUAGCCAUUAAAAAUUCUCAUCAAAAAUCCUAUAGCGAGUUGUUAUGAUAUCGAAUACCUUUCUCCAUGUCACUAUAAACAGGAUACCAUUUCUGCAUUGAGUUAAAGUAGGGCCUAUAAAUGUGCUGUAUUAGGUGAAAUAAUAGAUGCAGUAAGAAAAGUGCUUCUGAUGUGAUAAGUAGUGAUAAAACUGUCCAGCAGAGUCGUGAAAGCCUGCCUAGGGAUCAUAUCCAAUGGAGUUUUGGUUGAGUAACUUGAGUCAAGUCCGAGUCUCAAGUGACUUAGUUUGAGUUCGAGUCUUGAGUCACAUGGUUUGAGCCAAGUCGUGAGUCACUUGAUUCGAGUCCGAGUCUGAGUCACCAUUCACUUGGGGUUCUUGUCCACUAGAGUUGAAGUCGAGUCACUUGAGUCGAGUCUGAGUCUCGAAUGACUUGAGUCAAUUUUGAGUCACGAGUCACUUACAUUGGGUUGGAGGUGAGUCACGAGUCACUUGGUUUGAGUUCACGUCUGAGUCACUAGUCAUUUAAGGUUCUUGGCCACUAGAGUUGGAGUUGAGUCAAGUCCGAGUCUCAAGUUCCUUGGGUUGAGUUUGAGUCUUGACUUGCAUGGUUUGAGCCAAUUCACGAGUCACUUGGUCUGAGUCAUGAGUCACUUAAAGUUCUUGUCCACUAGAAUUGUAGUUGAGUCACUUGAGUCAAGUCUGAGUCUUAAAUGACUAGGGUUGAGUUUGAGUCUUGAGUGACAUGGCUUGAGCCGAGAGACAUGAGUCACUAGGUUUGGGUCCAAAUCUGAGUCAUGAGUCACUUGAUUUGAGUAUGACUCCGAGUUCGAGUCUGGUUCGAGUCUGAGUCUAAGUCACGAGUCAUUUGGUUUGAGUUCUAGAUACGGGUCACCUCAUUUGAGGCUGAGUCAUGAGUCACUUUUUUUUACUCCGAGUCUGAGUCAUGAGCAACCUGGUUUGAGUCUGAGUCACUUGGUUUUGAGUCCGAAUUACGAGUCAUUUGGUUUGAGACUGAGUCUGAGUCACAAGUCAUUUGGUUUGAGUCCGAGUCUGUCUCAUGAGUCACUUGGUUUGAAACUGAGUCUGAGUCACGAGUCACGUGAUUUGUGUCAAGAGUGAUUAGGUUUGAGUUUGAGUCCAAGUUGCGAGUAACUCGCUUCGAGUCUUAGUCACUAGUCACUUGGUUUGUGUCUGAAUCCGAGUCACGAGUCACUUGAUUCGAGUACAAGUCAUGACUCCAAUUCAGAGUUUUUUCUUUCUUGUUAAAUAAAUAUCAGUGCAAUAGCUACUUUCAUCUGAAAAAAAAAAACGUAGGCUUGCUUUUAGUUUUUGUAUUUUUUUUUAUGCAUGUAUACAUUUAUUGUAUAAAAUUAAGUUUUAUUUUGAUGCAUGCCUUGGAAAACAAGUUGUUUGUUUAUGUAAAACGAGGCUUCGCCUCACCCGCUAUGCAGGCCUGCUUCGCUGGCGCGCUCUGCAUGCACCUUUUGACCAGCACGGCACGCAGUUGCAGGUGGCAGUUUCGAAUAUCUGAAUAUUCGGUCAAACGCAGUUUCAAGUACGUGUAAUCGAAUACUAAAUUAUUCGAAAUGGACAGCCCUACAAAAAUAUUCAACUUCAAAUUGUCAUGUAACUUCUAGUCUAAUGACAUUACCAUUUUUAAAAAUUCUUAACCAGUUCGCGUCGGAGGAUGUGAAAACGCGCACUGGCUGUUUUUAUACACAGGCACGGCUGACGGGUUAAGACGUCAAGAUUGCCUCGACUCGCUCCGGGUGACGUCUAAACACGCAAAUCCCUCGUACCUUUUGUACACACUCGCAAAGUCCGUGAAAUCUGUAGAGGCGGACCGUGUGUUGAUCUUGAAUUUCUUGCUGUGCAUGGCCUAUCGUUGUACAAUUUACGCUCCAGUGCACACCCCGGAGUAUUGAAAAAUAAGGUUUCGGCAAGAAAUAUCGUACAAAUACUGUUGAAAUGACUUUUGCAAAUCAGUAUUUGUGGCGUUUGGCUAUAUAUCAGAAAUUGGCUGGAAAUUGUUGCCUUUUGCGAAAAUUGAAAUUUUCGGCAAAAAAUAAUCCCGGCGCGAAGUGGUUAAGUAAGUUGAUAUUGUAACAUACAGCUGACUGUUACAGUUAUAUUUGAGAUACUUCAACACGCAUGCCUGUUACUUUUUAGGUUGGUUUUUUUAGCUUUGUAUUAUUAUUUUUUAUUAAUAGAUUUUGUAUUAGUUUGUUAUAAUUACAUUUUAUAUGUUAUACUCAGUUAUUGUUGCUUUACUGAUGACUCUGGAAUUACUUGUCACGCAACUCUCCAUCUGUAAAUUAAAAGAAACGUUUCAUAAAUUAAGUUCUGCCAGAGCACAAGAUAUGAUCAGGGUAUUGUAUAGAUAGUGUAAAUUGAAAAAUAAUGUAAUUUUUUUGUUUUGUUUUGUUCAUUUUUUUGGGGGAGUGGAAUGUCAUGUGAAAUAUUCAAUGAUCCCACAAUGUCACAAAAAUGAACACAUUUUUCUAUAGGGGAUAAUGUUCAUGACAAGUUUCAUGUUUCUCCCUACUUAAAAUAAGUUUACAAGGAUUUGAAUUGAGGCUCUUUUUUGCAUGUAAAAUUUUAACCUUCAUUCAUAAAUACCUCAGACAGUUUAGCUAUUCCUAUUGGUCGAGAGCCCAUCAUGUGGCCGUUCUUAAACAGAUGAUAAAGACAAGGCUAGCUGGUCUUAAACACUUUU